AUGAAAUAUGCGCAAUUUAAAUCGCACGCAACUGGCCGUUUGCGUGCUAUCCUAGUUAAAUGCAACCUGUUUUCGUGCGCGCGUAGAGCCAACUAUGAUGAUGCUACUACUGCUGCCUCUGAGGAUCUCCAAGAGACUCAAUUUUUCAUUCCCAUCACCCCACCCUCUUCAUCAUUCGAGCAGGCUGCGGUGAGCCAAUCGGAGUUCAGUGUGGCCAAGGGAAGGCGUAUAACCAGAUGGGAUAUGAAAAAUUCGUUGGAGAGUUGGCUGAAGCCUAAUGAGCACGAGACGAGUGGCAGGAAAAUUGUUUCUCUGUCUUUGCUUGCUGAAUGUGCAAUCUUCCAAAUCGACGCUCGCAAUACCACUGAGUACAAUGCCUUUAGGAGCUACCCCAAUUCGGCGUCUUUAUUGUGGCAGAACUUCCAGAUCAAGGAGAAAAUUGUUCAUGUGAAAGACGCCCACGACAGUUUUCAGAUGGCCAGUGCAAUCUGUGAGUUGGUGGCAGAGGGUGUUGUGGCCAUCUUUGCUCCAGUGUACCCAGAAACCUUAACCAUCGUCAAGUCCAUGACAACGCAACAUCGCGUCCUCUUCUUUACCACGACUGACGCGCACCACUUCGGAAUUGCGACGUCAGACCUCAGUAGUAGUGCAGCAAACAUCGUGAAGCUACGACCGCUGAAAGCGCCUGCCAUGCUGGAUUUUAUGUUGCACUCGGAGUGGGAGGACAUACUCUAUCUUUACGAGUCAGAGGAAGCCACUUACCGACUUCGAUGGAUUCUUGAAAAAGCCAUCAAACGCUCACCUACCUUUACCGUCGACUUUCGACAGCUUCAAUGGAGUCCAGAGGCCUCAGCUGUGGGCGAAGAAGCUGGUAGAGAAGGCGGUAAAUCCACUGGCCUGCACCAGUAUGUGAACUCACGCACUAACACUUUCCACCGCAAGUCCAUCCUUGUGGAUCUGUCGAAGCGAGAGAGCACAGAGAAACUCAUCUCUGCAAUUGGAUCCAUUAUGCCUCAGCGCGCUGAUUUACACUUCCUCAUUGUUGGUGGGGACAUAAUGCGCAUCAAUGACAGUUCUUUGCAAUUCGGUGGCAUCAAUAUGACAGCCCUGGCUGACAUGGACUUCGAUGCGGUGGCGUUGAAGAGUUACAAGGCUGAACUGAAUCCACGCGCUCGUUUGGCCGAUAUGACAAAUGGAAAUCUUUCGAAUGACGCCGCACUGAUCAUUGAUGGAAUGAAAAGUCUUGUUCAAGCUCUACGACUUCUCAAUGAGGACACAUAUGCAAAUCGCUUAAACAAACCUGGUCUCCAUAACAAUGAUGAAACCCCUUCUGCUGGAAAUCUGCCUUGUCAACCAACCUCACCGCCAUCGUUCACUGCUCCACAAAUUAUGGAGAGGUUACAGCAGAUAGUGUUUGCUGGCCUCACAGGGAAUAUGAGCAUCAGCAGAAGUGGGUUCAGAGAUGCCUAUGCCUUUGACAUCUGGGGCGCCAAAAUGAAGCAGUCUUUUUCAAAGUUGGGAGAGUGGAAUUCCCAAGAUGGUAUUGUGAUGAAAGUCCCCACGGAUAAGAACGAUUUGGAGGCUGGUGUGGAUCAUAACAAGGUGCGAAUUGUCUCCAGCAUUUUGCUGUCACCAUUCAUGAUGGAGAAGAAGGACGUAAAUGGAAAGCCUAUUAAAGGCGAAUACGAGGGAUUUUGUGUAGAUUUGGUCCAAAAAUUGGCCGAGAUGAUUAAUUUCAAGUACAAAAUGAAAGCCGUCUCCGAUGGGCAGUUUGGUAGUCUGACCAACGGCAGCUGGGACGGAAUGGUUGGAGAACUGUUAAGAAGGUGUUGUAAAACUACUAGUGAGACAGAAAAGACGGCUAUCCCCUGCAGUAUCAUUGAUGCAUCCUGGUGGCGGAGAGCCCAGUCGACAAGCGUGGGUGUAAAGACGUGGUUCUAG